GCAAGAGCGAGAGAGAGAGAGACGACUAUAAGGAGAUAUGGAGGAAAUAAGGCAACAGCCCAUGACAGCGAUGACACGAAAAUGAAGAGCGUAACACGCUGAGACGAGCAGAAAGAGAGGCAAUAAAGGUGGAUUUAUUUUCUACGGACAAGAAAACAAGAUAACAACCAACCCAGAUAAACCACUUAGGAUCAGGGAUAAAACAGACCCCUGACAGUGAAGAGAUAGAGAGAGCGAGGGAGCGUGCUCAAGAGAUAGAGAGAGAGAGAGAGAGAGAGAGAGAGAGAGGGAGAGAGAGAGAGAGAGAGGGGAAGCGAAUACAGCAGAGGUAAAUUAAUCAGUUCAGUUGUUUAUGUCCGUGCUGUACGUACGCACUUGCUGUGGCUGAGCGUGUGUGUGUGCGCGCUGCGUGUCGGAGGAGAGACUGCUGUGCCGCUCACUGGGAGCAGAGGACGAGCUAAGCGCAGCAGAAUCUCCAUCCCUCCAUCUCUCCUGGGCAGCCUGCAGAGCGGCAGGGCCAUGCUGGCAGAGCAGAGGGGGAAGCAGCUGUGCACUCAGACACCCAGCUUGAUGGAGCGCUGAGGCUGGGGAAGCCGACAGCCUGUCUGGUCCACCAACGCCGGGAACCAGGGUUCCUCUGUGGAACCUUCUGGUCUUCCCCAGCCCAGGGGGAACGACGAGGCCCACAGCACCGGAGAGGAGGGGGUUCCGGCAGGCGGGUGCACCCGGGGGAGAGCCUCCUGUCUGGAUCCACGGGGAGGAGGAGGAGGAGGAGGAGGGGGAGCUGAACCUGAAGUCUAGAGGAGGUGGGGGGUCUGCUUGUUGCUGUGUGAGUUGACAGAGAGGACCCAUGGCGCAGGGUAGUGUGCUGGUGCUGCUGGCUGGCUGCGGAGGCCGGGGACAGUGGGACUGCUAACCUGCUCCAACACACGGAGAGGAUGGUCUGAGGAGACUGCCUCUGGCCCUGUCUGGCCUCUCUCAAGACUCUGGACUAUCUUGGGGAGGCUACUUAACUUGUUACCCCUUCCCCCCCCCCCCUCCCUUUUUAUUUAUUUUCUUUCAGUUUUUUGGGGUUGUUGUUGUCGCCGCAGAGUAGGGGAAGACUUGUUUUGUUUUGGGGGUAACCUCUUCUCCAGUGCCCCCCUCCCUUCACACCAUCCCUCCUCCGUCCUCCCCAUCAGGCCUCCGCUCCAGCCCCUCAGAGCUGCCUCCAUCACUCCCUCCACGCUGUUUCUCCAUCCUUUUCCUUUCCUUUUUUCUUUUUUCUUUUCGAGGUUUGGGGGAUUUGCCAAAACCUAUUUCAUGCAUGUCCACUGGGGGCAGGUUCAACUUUGAUGAUGGGGGGUCAUACUGCGGAGGGUGGGAGGAGGGCAAGGCCCAUGGACACGGGAUCUGUACCGGGCCCAAGGGCCAGGGAGAGUACUCUGGAUCCUGGAGCCACGGCUUCGAGGUGGUGGGCAUCUACACCUGGCCCAGCGGCAACACCUACCAGGGUACCUGGGCCCAGGGCAAGAGGCACGGCGUGGGGGUGGAAAACAAGGGCAAGUGGGUGUACAAGGGGGAGUGGACACACGGCUUCAAGGGUCGAUACGGCCUCCGAGAGAGCACGGGCACCAGCGGGAAGUAUGAGGGGACCUGGAACAACGGCCUGCAGGACGGAUAUGGCACAGAGACCUACUCUGAUGGAGGUACAUACCAGGGCCAGUGGGUGGGCGGGAUGCGUCAUGGAUACGGCAUACGUCAGAGUGUUCCGUACGGCAUGGCGGCUGUCAUCCGCUCGCCUCUGCGCACCUCCAUAAACUCCCUGCGCUCCGAGCACAGCAACGGCUCCGCCCUGCUGGCCGACCGCGGGGGCGUGGCCUCCGGGACGGGGGGGGGCGGGGUCACGGUGGUGGGAAGCCCCGCCGUGUCGCGCGGCGGCUUCGUCCUGACGGCCCACAGCGAGGCGGAGCUCCUGAAGGGCAAGAAGAAGGGCCUGUUCCGUCGCUCGCUCCUCGUCAGCCUCAAGCUCCGCAAGUCAGAGUCCAAAUCCUCCCUGGCGUCCCAGCGCUCCAAGCAGAGCUCGUUCCGCAGCGAGGCGGGGAUGAGCACCGUCAGCUCCGCCGCCUCGGACAUCAACUCCACCAUCAGCCUGGGGGAGGGCGAGGCCGAGCUGGCCGGUGCCGAGGACGACGUGGACGCCACGGCGACGGAAACGUACGCGGGGGAGUGGAAGAACGACAAGCGGAGCGGCUUCGGGGUGAGCCGGCGGUCCGACGGGCUGCAGUACGCGGGGGAGUGGCUGGGGAACAAACGCCACGGUUACGGAUGCACCACGUUCCCCGACGGCACCAAGGAGGAGGGGAAGUACAAGCAGAACAUUCUGGUGAGCGGCAAGAAGAAAAACCUCAUCCCGCUCCGAGCCAGCAAGAUCAGGGAGAAGGUAGACCGCUGUGUGGAGGCUGCCGAGAAGGCUGCUGACAUCUCCAAGCAGAAGGAAGAGAUCGCCCUGUCCAGGACGGCUCACGCCGGGGGCAAGGCGGACGCAGCGAUGGCAGCGUCAGAGAAGUCCCAGGAAGAGUGUCGCCUCGCCAGGCUCACCGCCAAGGAGUUCUCUCCGUCCUUCCAGCACCGUGGAAACGGAGUGGAGAGCCAGCGGCCCAGGCAGCAGGCGUCCAGUGAGAACGACAUGGAGCAGUUCUCCAGCGGCACGGCAGACAGUCCAGACCUCUAUAUGAAGGGCUCCCUACCGCCUAGCCGAACCCCCAGCCUCAGCCCCCCGCCGCCCCCCUCCCAGCGCACCAAGAGCUCCCGCUUCCUGCGCCAGACCGCCGUGGAUGACGACCGGGGGGGAGGAGGAGGAGGAGGGGGGGGAGGGAAGGAGGUGCAGGUGCAGAUGGAGGGGGGCCGAGGGGGUGCCCAGGGGGAGUACCUGAGGGCCAACAGCUGCAGCUCCGUGUCCCGCGGGGGCAGCCGCUCCACCACCCCCUCCGUCCAGGACGACGGGCGGGGGAGGGCCGCCAACGGACAGAAGCACGCCUCCUCCAAUCACAAGUCACGGGAGCACGGCUCGUCCAAUCACAAAGCCCUCCGGGACAGGUGGACGGAGUGCCCGUCUGGGCGCGUGCAGAGAAGAGGGGAGGGCGGGGCCAGACUCAUGGAGCAGGAUGAGGAGAAGCUGAGUAACUAUGAGAUGGAGAUGAGGCCCCUGCAGCCCAUGGACUCCACUACCCACAAGCCCCAUGGCCAGGGGGAGGAGCGGCCUGGUCACGCUCCCGGGCAUGCCAGGGGAGGGGGCCAGUCGCACACGCUGCAGAGACAGAGACAUAAGAACCGCGAGCACAGGGAGGGGAGGGAGGGGAGGGAGGGGAGGGAGGGCUCAGAGCCCCGUCCCUCCUCCUCCUCGUCGGCAGGGCUGAAGGUGGACGGGGGUCGGAGGGGGGAGAAGUUGGACAAUCACCCCAUGCAGAGGGAUCUCACUCUCUCUCCCCCACAGAAAUCCUCACCCAUUGCACUAGAACACCACGACAAGAGUCGGACGCAACUCAAAGCCAGCUCGGGCGCCAGCUCAAUUCUGGUCGUCAUGGUGAUUUUGCUCAACAUUGGAGUCGCUAUUUUGUUCAUCCACUUUUUUAUUUAAAGAUUAUUGAUUAUUGAUUCAGAUUAUCUAUGCUAUCAUUGCUGAGUAUUAUUAUGUUUAUUAUACAGCUGUUAACCAUGUUUGUGUAAAGAGAGGCUGGAUGAUGACUUGGAUGAUGUGAGUACUGUUUACCAGUACAACCUGCAACAGUCAGUUGUCUGCAGUCUGAACUCUCUCAGUUCACCUGUUUUCCAUUUUAAAAUAAUAGUUUAUUUAAAAAGGAGACUUGUGUGACUUAUAAUUUAACUUGAAAUUCAAAACAUUUUUUCCCCCCUGUAUGAUCAUUUAAUUGUUUUAAUAGUUUUACUCGUUUUAAUAGCUAAUUCCGUUCUUUUUUAAUUCCUUACUUGCCUUUUCUCUGUGUGAUGAUAUUGCUGACGAUUGGGUAGCGAGGAAAGUCAGGUGACUGUGAUCACAUGAUCCGGGGAUCACAUGACUGUUAUCACAUGACUGUGUUUGACAGAAACCCCGACCGCCCAGACACCUGCACUGAUCUGAGAGGACAGGUGUAAGAAAGAUGGCAUCCGUCACAGCCAGCCAAUCAGAGGUGUAGGUCUUGUCUACAUCCUGGAGAAGACGCUUACCCAGGAGACAGAGCAGAGCAGGGCGACCAGGACAGGGUCACAGAGGGGAGCGCAGGUCAAAGGUCAAAGGUGAAGUAGCCUGCAGAAAGCCUCUGGGGAAGGGGAUGCUAGUAUGUCAGGUCAUGUGACUAUGAUUGGAACCAGAGAAGUGAAACAGCCCCCCCCCCCACCUCCCCACACUCUUCAGGUCAUGUGACUAUGAUUGGAACCAGAGAAGUGAAACAGCCCCCCCCCACCUCCCCACACUCUUCUGCUUCCUGGACACACCCCUCUCAGUGACAUCACUUAUACUAUGGUAUGGCAUGUGGU